GCGCCCCGCGGCCCCGGGCUCUGCGCGCCGCGCCGGAAGAUGAACCGGGCAGAUUCACCCAAACCUCCACUUGCUCCCAAGCCCAGGACUGCCAGCCCUUGCACACCAGCAGCCGUCCCCAAGAUCUCUGCCUUGCCCAGGCCUGAGCGCCUGGGGAGCCCCCACUCCAUGUCCAGGGGGCCGAAGCCCCCCAUCGCGCCCAAGCCCAGGCUGGCCGCCCCCGGCGAGGGCAGAGCCGGCAUGCACACAAACAAAUGCAGCAACGGGAGGCUGCUGUGCACGGACAGGGUGCCGGACGGGGCGCACCGCGCCGAGGGCUCCGAGUCGGAGACCGACGAGGACUUGGCCGUGGUCUCCGGGGCUCCGGAGGGAGAGGACGGCGAGGAGCCCGCGGCCCAGGCGCCUGUGGAGGUGACGGGGGACGAGGAUGAGGAUGCGGAGGCAGGAGGCCCGGAGCGUGGCACAGAGGAGACGGGAGCCCAGGGCAGCCCAGCGCGCCCCGCCAGCCCUGCUGGAGAGGCGCUGAGCGGGGACGGGGAGGGGGACGCCGGCCACACCACUGUGCGCGGGGAGGACAGCGCGGAGGAGCCGCGGGAAGAGGAAGAGGAGGAGGGACGCAACGCGUCCAACCCGGAGGAGGGAAAGGAGGCCUUUCAGAGCACCAUCAGCCUAGCUCACAUCCACAUGGCGUCUCCCGAAGGCCCCGGGGAGGCGGAGGCGGAUGCUGAGGAAGGCUGUGUGGAUACAGAACCCGGGGGACCCGGGGGAGGUGUGGAUUUCCACUCGUCCACUCAGGAUGCUGGACAGGAUGUGGAUGAAGCCUGCGGGGAGCCCCCUGAGGAGGAGGAAGAGACCCUGGAGGAGGAGCCCCCCCAGGAGGAGGAACCCCCAAAGGCGGAGGAACCCCCAAAGGAGGAGGAGGCCCCCCAGGAGGAGGAACCCCCAAAGGAGGAGGAGACCCCUCAGAAGCAGACCCCCAAGGAGGAGGAGGAAACCCCCCAGGAGGAGACCCCCCAGGAGGAGGAGGAACCCCUAAAGGAGGAGGAAACCCCCCAGGAGGAGGAACCCCCUGAAGAGGAGGGAGAAGAGGAGGAGCCCCCCCAGGAGGAGGAACCCUUCAAGGAAGAGGAGCCCCCCGAGGAAGAGCCGGCCGCUGAUGUCCAGGAGACGGAGACACCCGCGGGUGCCUUGGGCGUCGUGGAAGGCGGUGAGGAUGGCGGGGGCCGCGGGGCCUGGGGGGACCAGGGAGAGCCGGCUGCCCACCACGAGGAACCGAGCCCGGGAGACGCGGUGGCAGCCCGCCUGGAGGAGAGCCCCGAGGCCCCCGGGCAGGACGACCCCUCGGAGGACGGCUGCCACAUCAUCCCCUUCGAGAGCGACAGCGCGGAGGACGUGGCGGCCUCGCCGGCGGGGAGCCCCUACCCCUUCUUCCCCACCGAGAGCACCUCCUUCUGCGGCCAGCGUGACUCCAUUUCCGAGCCUGCGCAAGAGGACCGGGCGCCCGGCACGGGGGUCUGCGCGGCCGCCAUCCUGGGUGCUGGGGCCCUCCGUGGCGGCCGUGACGCCUUUCCGGGGUCCCCCGGCCCCCGGGUGGUCAUGCUGGAGGAAGAGGACGCCGCGGACGGCUCUCUGAGCAACCCCUACGUGACGUGCCUGGCGGACGCUGCGGGGGCCCCGGGCGCGGGCGACACGGGCGCGGGGGACAGCCCGGCCCCCACCGACAGGAAGAACGCCACCGCCAGGGCUCGGCCGCACUCCGGGAAGGUGGCUGGCCAUGUCCCAGAGACCGUUCCAGAAGAAAUGGGGCCCGACAGCGGCUCAGCGGCCACAGGCGUAGGGGGAGCGGCGGAGGAAGCCGGGGAGCCGGCGUCGGCCGAGUCCAGGCCUCCGGAAGCCGGCCGGGCCGUGCCCCUGCCAGCCAAGCCCAGGGCCUUCACGCUGUACCCACGCUCGUUCUCCGUGGAAGGCCGAGAGCUGCCGCUGUCCCUCUACCGAGAGCCCGUGGGGCCCGGGCUGGAGGAGCACCGCAUCAAGAGGAAGGAGGACAACCUCUCUUUGCCCUGUGUCAUCGGCUCUUCUGGAAGCUUCUCCCAGAGAAACCACCUUCCGUCCAGCGGCACCUCCACCCCGUCCUCGGUGGCCGACAUCCCGCCCCCCUUCGACCUGGCGUGCAUCACCAAGAAGCCCAUCACCAAGAGCUCCCCCUCGCUCCUCACGGACAGCGACUCUCUGGACAAGGGCGCCAAGAAGAAGAAGUCUUCCUUCAAGCGCUUCCUGGCGCUCACCUUCCGGAAGAAGACGGAGAGCAAGGGCCACGGGGAGGUUCACCUGUCCUCCUCCAGGUCCUCGUCCGAGUCCAGCUAUCACGGGCCGGCCAGGAUCCUGGAAAUGGACCGGAGAAGUCUCAGCAACUCCCCCCAGCUCAAGUCCCGGGCCGGGAAGCUCCGGGCCUCCGAAUCCCCGUCCUCCCUCAUCUUCUACAGAGAUGGCAAGAGGAGAGGGGUCCCCUUCAGCCGGACGGUGUCCAGGGUAGAGUCCUUCGAAGACCGCUCCCGGCCUCCCUUCCUGCCCCUGCCUCCCACCAAGCCUCGCUCCAUUUCCUUCCCCAACGCCGACACUUCUGACUACGAGAACAUUCCAGCCAUGAACUCCGACUACGAAAACAUCCAGAUCCCACCGCGGAGGCCCGCGAGGGCCGGCACGUUCACCAAGCUGUUCCAGGACCAGAGCAGAGCCCUGUCCACGGCCAACGAGAACGACGGCUACGUGGACAUGAGCAGCUUCAACGCCUUCGAGAGCAAACAGCAGAGCCCGGAGCAGGAAGCAGAGAGUGCCUACACGGAGCCCUACAAGGUCUGUCCCAUCUCCGUGUCCCCCAGAGACGACGUCCCAUCGGAUGAGGAGCAGGGGAGCUCAGAAGAGGAGGACAGUGCCCCAAGAGACUCCAGCCUUGCGCCCAAGGUGGAGGGACAGUCCAGGGCCCUUGUCAUCGCGCAGGAGCUGCUGUCUUCUGAGAAAGCAUACGUGCAGAUGCUGCAGCACUUAGGCCUGGAUUUCCACGCCGCCAUCACGAGGGCCUUAGAAGAGGCGGACCCCGGUGGGGACGCGCUGGCCCGGGAGGAGCUGCAGAGGGGCCUGAGCGAGCUCCCAGCCCUUCUCGACCUCCACCGGGGCAUCCUGGAGGACCUGGAGCAGAGGCUGCUGGACUGGGAGGGCCAGCAGAAGGUGGCUGACGUGUUCCUGGCGCGGGAGCAGCACUUCGAGCACCACGCCACGCACAUCCUGCAGUUCGACCGGUACGUGGGGCUGCUGGCCCAGGACUGCCUGCGAUCGCCCCCGCUGGCCGCCGCCGUGCGUGAGUUUGAGCAGCAGAGCGGGCUCGGGGGUGGCUGGAGUGUGAAGCACCAGCUGCUGCGCGUGGUCCAGCGUCUCUUCCAGUACCAAGUGCUGCUCACAGACUACUUAAACAACCUGUGCCCAGACUCCGCCGAGUACGACAGCACGCAGGAUGCACUGAGCCUCAUCUCCAAAGUGACGGACCACGCCAACGACAGCAUGGAGCAGGGGGAAAACCUGCAGAAGCUCACCCAUAUCGAGCACAGCGUCCACGGCCAGGGGAAUCUCCUCCAGCCAGGAAGGGAGUUCCUGAAGGAAGGGACGCUGGUGAGGGGGAAGGACAGACACCCCAGGCACCUGUUUCUGAUGAGCGACGUCCUUCUCUACACAUCCCCGCAGAAGGACGGGAAGUACCGUCUGAAGAGCUCGCUGCCCGUUGCCAGCAUGAAGGUCAGCCGCCCUGUGAUGGAGCGAGUGCCGUACGCGCUGAAGAUCGAGACUCCUGAGUCGUGCCUCACGCUCUCCGCCAGCUCCUGCGCGGAGAGGGACGAGUGGCAUGGAUGCCUGAGCAGAGCGCUCCCUGAGGACUACAAGGCCCAGGCGCUGGCGGCCUUCCAGCACAGCGUGGAGGUUCGGGAGAGGCUGGGGGUCAGCCUGGGAGAGAGACCCCCGACGCUGGUGCCCGUCACACACGUCCUGAUGUGCAUGAACUGUGGCUGCGACUUCUCGCUCACCCUGAGGCGCCAUCACUGCCACGCCUGUGGUAAGAUCGUGUGCCGGAACUGCUCCCGGAACAAGUACCCCCUGAAGUACCUCAAGGACCGGAUGGCCAAGGUGUGCGAUGGCUGCUUCGGGGAGCUGAAGAAGCGGGGCGGGGCCGUCCUGGGCCCCAUGAGAGAGCGGCCCGUGAGCAUGAGCUUCCCCCUGUCCUCGCCCCGCUUCUCCUCUGUCCUCCAGAGCAUCAGCCCCUCUACCUUCAAGAAGCAGAAAAAGGUUCCUUCGGCCCUGACUGAGGUGUCCGCCUCUGGUGAGGGCGCGGCCAUCAGCGGCUAUCUGAGCCGCUGCAAGAGGGGCAAGCGGCCCUGGAAGAAGCUCUGGUUUGUCAUCAAGGGCAAAGUGCUCUACACCUAUGCGGCCAGCGAGGACAAAGUGGCCCUGGAGAGCAUGCCUCUGCUGGGCUUCACCAUUGCUCCGGACAAAGAAGGCGGCAGCGCGGCCGGGGCAGCCUUCCACCUGUACCACAAGAAGAGCCUGUUUUACAGCUUCAGGGCGGAGGACGGCAGCUCAGCUCAGAGGUGGAUGGCGGCCAUGGAAGAUGCCAGCGUGUUAUAGCAGUCACCAGCCACACGCCCUCAGCACGAACUCUUAGGUUGAUAUGUGAACCCUUCCAGAAGUUAUUCCAUGUCCCGACUCCCCCCACCUGACCCAGGCACAGCCGGGCCCGGCGCGGAGCUCGGCCUGUUGGCUGUGACCCCGUUUCGCCUUCUCCAGUGAAGCCCGCACGGAAUGUUUCUGGACAUCUCCUCUGCCCACGUCCCCAGCCCUCCAUGGCUCCCUGAUUUCGCGUCUCAAGCUGGGGAAGCCAGUACAACGAGGACGUCCAGGAAUGCAGAUUUGCUUGUUAGUGGAAACGAGCUUUUCCCAGGUUCCCUCACGGUAAAUAGUAUCGCCUCCCACACUUCCCGUGCUGCCUCUGGUGACGUGAGACCCGCCGGUGAGGAGCAGCCACACACUCACCCAAAGCACUUUACUCGCGCCCAACUGCCACCUCCGGAGCCGCUUUCCGAAUGACACGCUGAAGUCAACAGCAGAGGGCGUCUGUGCACUACCCAUCGCCGGUCCCUGGCGGGCCGUGCGUGGAAGGGCUUAGCCCUGGCCUGAACUCUUGGCAUCUCUGCCAGGGCUGCGCUCUGCUGCCUAAGGGAGGGAGUGUGUUUCCUGCCCGCUGGUCCUAAGACCCGUUUCCUGCCAUAACUUAUUGAAAGACGGCUCCCCGCUCCCCCCAGGAAGUCCUCCGUAUACCACACAGCAGCUGCAAAUGCAGCUACCGUCACAUCUGCCUCCAGAGGUCAGCCCACACCCAUUGAAGACUCAGUGGUGGCUUUAAUUUAUUCUGUGCCUUUUCUGUGACUGCCCGUGCGUGUCCCAGAAAGCCUGUCCUUACUGUCCACGCCCAGGAACCCUCAGGCUGGAACUCCAGAGCCUCGUGGCUUCCUGGAAGAGGGAAAGGAGAGAGUAAAGGAGCUGUCAUCAGAAGAUGAUUCUGUCUCGGCAGAUGGUUCUGGACACGGUGAGAAGAGCCCAGAGGUGGCAUGUGGAUGCUGAGCUGUUUCCUGCUGGCGAUGCUGCUUGUUAGGCUGGGUGGUUUUACGUAGAGAGGGAGUGCGCCGGGACUCGUGCUUUGGUCCUUGCAGUGAGAACCGAGGACCCACAUCAUCUUCAGACGCCAGCCGCUGUGUCCUGCUGUCCCGCCGCCUCACGCGGGCCGCGCCCACGCUGUGUAAAAAGCCCCACCUCAAGGACUGACUCGAAUUAAAUAUUUUCAGGGAAAGGUUUUUUUUUUUUUUCUAGUUCCCAGUUCUUCUUUUUAAAGGUUUGCAUUAAACAUAAUUAAUGAACUCAGACCAUGUGACUCAGACAGAUCUUUCUGUUGGUUCUUGAAGUCUUCAUUCUGGCAGAACUGUUUUAGUCAGAUGUGUGUUUUGGGCCUCCUAGUCCCACGUGGUCAUAGCCACUUACCUGUGGCUCACACCUGUAAUCCUAGCUACUCAGGAGGC